AUGCUGAUAAUGGCCGGGGGGUUGAGCACACCCGGAGGUAACAUGUAUCUGCCAGUCCUUGGGCUGGAGAAUGGGCUGUCUCCGGAUGAAGUUUCUUGGAUGCUGACCAUUAUGGGUAUUGCUGAUAUUUUUGGAAAGCUGGGCAUUGGUUUCUUCGCCGAUCUGGGUUAUGUAAGACCGAUUCGUAUCGCCUGCAUGUCCCAGCUCAUAGUGGGCUUGGUGUCCCAGUUUACCGUUUUCUACAGAGGCUUUGGUUCUAUGAUCGGAAUGGCAAUAGCAUUUGGAAUUAUGAACGGUGUUGUACAGUCACUGAUGUCCCCUAUGGUGAUUGAACUGUUAGGGCUCCAAUACCUGGCUCAUGUUACUUCAGCCUUUUAUCUGUGUAUGGGUCUGUUCACGUUUGUUUUGAAUGUGUCCGUUGGAUCGAUUAAGGAUGCUACCGGAUCCUUCUUUGGAGGUUUUAACUUUCUAGGAGGUAUGAUGUUGACAACUUUUGCGAUUCUUCUCCUGGAGCCGUUGUUUGUGAGAUGCAGUCGCAAGUCGUGUAAACGUGCGGAGAAGGUAACAUAA